AAAUAAACUACCUUUAUAGAAUGUCAGUUUUGUGAUUAAGUAAUCUCACAAUCGACAAGAUAUAAUGCCUAUAUAAUUGCAGCAGACAUUCUCGAUUCCUAUAAAGAAUGUCUUUAAACUGGGAUGAAAUGCUAUUUUAUCCCUGACGGUGGAUUUUGUGUAAUAUGUGAUGUGCUGAGGUACAGGAACCCCCGAAAUAAGGUGUCAUAUAUUGAUAAUUAUUACGAAAUAUUAAGGCGAUUUUUUCAAUGCUAAGAUUUUGAACAUUUUUGGAUCCGAUGUCAUAUAUUUGGUUAUCCACUAGUGACUACCUCUAGAGGUAGAAUUUUCCGAAGACUUUAGUCAAAAGUUAAAACGACUUGAUGCUAAGAGGUGUUAGAAUAAUAAACUUUCGUUUGUUAAUUACAUGUUCAUAUUUCUGUUUAGUUGAUUUAUUAGUCUUUAGAUUUGAUAAAAUCACGAAAUAAUCAGUUGUUAAAAAAGUAUAUCGCGGGGAAAACCUUCGUAUCCUAAAAUUCUACAAUUUAAUUUUUGGAUGAGAUAUAAUGAGCAUGAACUCUUUCACCGUUAGCUUUGUUACAAAAUCCCCUAAAACACAUUAAAAAUAAUAAAGCAUAGUGUAAAUUAUUUGUAAGAAUUACAUUGGAUAUGAGGUAUAGAAUACAACAUUGAUUAGAAUAAAAUCAAGUUAUUUCAUUUUUUAAGAUCAUGAAUUUUAUGACGUACAUGGUGUAGAGAUCAUAGAGAUACCACUGCUACGUUUAGUAAUUAGAAGUUUAUUUUCGAAUGGUGAUAAAGUUUUCGUGAGGAUUCACUGAGUGGUUUUAAUUGAUUUGUUUACAUAUAAAUGUAUGCAGUACAAAGAACAUUUUUUCAUUGUGAAUAAAUAUGACGUUUUACGCUUAGCUCACCUGGUUUGUUUACACAAAAAUGUAUACAUGUUCAUAUGAUUCCAGACUAACCCGUUUCUCAUGGCAUUAAAUACAUAGUAUUAAUUACUAGGUAUGUCACUAUAUAUAGAACAUUAAAUCUUAUUGUCAUAAAUUUUUAGUUGAUUUUCGUGGCUAUAAAUAUGAAGGGAAUUAUCCGUAUUCUGUUUUAUUUUCAAGUGUUUUCGUACUCGCAGUUUUAUUCAAACAGAUACCAUUUUCUUUGUUUCAAUAAAAGAAUAUUCAUUUUAUGUUAAAUAAUAUACAGUAACAAAAUUUAUUAUUAUAAUAUUACACUCAGUUAUUUGAUUGAACGUAGUUAAAGACGCAUUCCGAUGCGAGUUGCUGAUCAGCAUUCACGAUGCUUUAAUAAUCGAUCUCAUCCACGUUCCUGUACUUCAGAAUGCAGACAACGCGACAAGGAUCUGGAAGAAGCUCGCUCACGUGCUACUCAACUUGAAAAAACGAUGAGAUGGUGGUCAGAUUGCACAGCUAGUUGGAGAGAAAAAUGGGCAUCAUUACGUGAUGAGAGAAAUUAUCUACGAGAUAAACUGAGUUCAACACAAAAAUCUUUAGAUAAUGCAACGGAAAUUAUAGAGACGUUAAAAUUGGAAAAACAACAAUUACUUGAAGAUUUUUAUUCAUCGAAUAAUCAACUUCAGAAAUAUAAUUCUAUUUCAACUAUGAAAUCUACCAUUAAUCCAAUUUCUUCAACAAAACAAGAAACUAUUCAAUCAGGAAUAACAGAAUCAAAUGUAGAUCAAGAUAUGUGCGGUGUUGAAAAAUUGAACAGAUCAAAAGACAUUAGGGGUAAAUCAAUUGGAUUUUUAAAUAAUGAUCAACCCACAAGAACACAAUUGAUGGAAUUGUCGUCAACAAUCCGUUGGUGGAAGAAUCAAUGUAUGAAUUUAGAACAGGAGAUUCGUCAUCUGUUUGAAUUGAAUACUAAACAUUGGUCAAAGUGUAAAAUUUUAUCACAUAAGAAUUUUCUACUUUCGCAAGAAAAUGAUCUUUUAAAGAAAGAAAUUUCUAAUUUAUGGUGUAUUCGAGAUAAUCAACAUGAUGGGCGUACUGAUCCAAUUUCUUGUGCAAAUAAUUAUGGAACACAAGGAUCAAAUGAAAACAUUGAGUGUGGUACAUGCAAACAAAAUAUUGAAAAUACAGAAACGUCAGUCGAGGAUUUAUUAUUACAAUUAUCUGAAAGAAACUGUCAGCUAGAUUUAUUACAGCGUCGUUUAUCUUUUAUGUUACAUGAACGUGGUGUACUUCGUCAUCAAUUAGAAGAAAUGAGUAUAGUAAAAGAUAAAUCUGAAAAUAAAGCAUAUCUUACUGCCAAGAAUAUAAAAACGGAGUUCAUUGAAAAUACUGAAACAUUAAAAGAUGAUUAUUCAAAAUACUCUUAUAGAACAGAAUUAAACUCAAACUGCGAUACAGAGUUCACCUCUGAGGUACCUAAAAGCGUCAUGACAAAUAUAUUGAGUGAUAAAUUAGAAACAAUAUCACCAUCUGAUGAGUCAACAUUGAUGAAUAAUAAAAUUACUGAACUGCGAAGUGAUGCGACCGACGGAUUAUGAAACCCACACAUAAACACUGUUUGUAAUGAGUAGAAAACUCAACAUCCAUAAAGUAUAUAGAAUCGAUAGCUCCUCUUUUUUCUCAAAUAUUUUCAAGUGUUUUACAUUGAUAUGUGUAUACAGCGAGUCAUUGAACAAAAACAUUAUAACCUGUCUUAUAAAUACACAGAUGCAUUGAGAGAAUUAUCUAAUAGCAUAUAUUUAUGUGGAUAUAUAACUCAAGCUUACAAACAUAACAAAGUCUCAUCAACCUGAAAAACUAUAUAUACCCUACAGAUCAACAUAAUUUAAACCAUUAUCAUUCAAAAUAAAUUUUGCAUUGAACUUUACGACUAUAAUGUUUCUUGAUGCCUUUUGAAUGUUUUCCUUCGUGUAAAAUACCUAUUUUCUAUAGAUUCCUUUUUUCUGUUUAUCAUAUUUCAUAUCAAAACUUCUUAUCUUGUUCACUCUACGAGAACUGAUGUUUCCAAUAAAACAGGAAUUACUCAGU